CUUAAUGAUUCGAUGCACAACGAAAAUCAGAAAAAACUACAAUAAAAAUGAUGUUACUGACAUUUCUGUGACACAUUCCAUGACAUAACCUGUUAUAAUUAGAAUUUCUUUUUAAAUUUAUAUUGUAUUUGUUUACCGAAUGUAAAGUUAACGCGGAUUAUAUUUUUUGGGGGGGUGUAUAAAGUAAAAAGAGAUUUCACCAUGUAUAAAAUUUCACGAAUUUCAUCCUCGUUCAGUAGAAAAGGAAGUGAAGCAACGAUCAAGCAAAAGGAAUAUGAAAACCUCACUAAAGCGAUCGGUUCGGGAAUACGAACGAUAACAAAAAAUGUUGCUUCCAUGAAAAAAAUGGGAAAUCAAAUAGGAACAUCAAAAGAUACACCGAAAUUAGUAAAACAACUAAAUGCGAUAGAACUUAGUACUAAAGAAUUAGUUACAAAAACUUAUAAUAAAAUGGACGAACUCAGUGGUCUGGUUGCGACAUACCAAUCGCAGAAGAGGCAGAGCAAAUGCGAUCAAUUAAAAUAUGAUCUUUUGGCAGCCAUGAACAAUUUUGAAAUGAUACAAGAAAACUUAACCCAUACAACUAAACAAUACAUUAAAAUUAUUCCAAGCAAAGGAGUCAAAAGUCAGCAGCGGAUAUCACAUUCUACCCAAGUAUCCACGCAUCAUCCACAUCAGCAACACGAACAAGUAGAACAACAAAUACAAGAACAAGAACGGGUACAAGAAGCAAUUGACAAACAGAAAGCAGUAAAUGAAGCUUUACUGGAACGUUCCCGGAAUUUAAAACUACUGACGUCUAGAAUGACGGAGAUGGCUGGAAUAUAUAAAGAUUUUCAAGCGAAAACUGCGGAACAGGGUGAAGUAAUUACCCAUAUAGAUAAAACUAUACAAGAAGCGACUGGUUCCGUUCAACGUGGAACCCGCGAUGUUCGUCAAGCCAAUGUUUAUCAAAAAAAAUAUUUAAAGAUGAAGUACAUUUUGAUGAUAAUAGGCGCGGUAGUUUUAGUUGUCACUGUUUCUAUUAUAAUUUGGUUAUUUGCGUAAUCAAAUUAACUUUUCGUUCAAAAAUUUAAAAGAUGUCUUGUUGAAAUAAAUUUGUUUGCCGGAAUUUCAAAAAAUCCAUCUGUGAUCAUAAUAAACCGAACGUUGUUUUCUUUAGAAAUAUAGGUUAGAAAAAUAAAAUAGUUGUGUAUAAAUAGUGA